AUGAGAUUCGUCUUUUUCGCCGCCGCUUUCCCGGUUGCCGCCGCCGCCCUUGCGUCGUCUGACUACCUGUCCCAGCUCAACACGGGAACCUAUGAAGGUAUCAAUGGACGGACUCACACUCCUGGAUUUUUCCCGGACCCAGCCGAAACUCCGUCGAGUGUUUACUCGGGCACUCCUCCGUCCGCCAGAGAGAUUCCUGAUGGUCACGUCUCCAUGUUGAAUCGGGGCACCUACGAGGGUAUCAAUGGAAGAGGCGCUAGAGGAGCUGCUUUUUUCGCUGAUCCAGCGGAAACCCCCAAGAGCCAAUAUGUUCGUGCUCCUCCAUCUGCGAGGGAGAUCCCAGAAGGGACUGUUUCCAUGCUCAACAAGGGUACCUAUGAACGCAUUAAUGGUAGAGCCAGCGCCCCGGGGUUCUUUGCCGAUCCAGCGGAAACCCCCAAGAGCCAAUACGUUCGUGCUCCGCCAUCUGCGAGGGAGAUCCCGGAAGGGUAUGUGUCCAUGCUCAACAAGGGUACCUAUGAAGGCAUUAAUGGUAGGGGCGCCGGAGCAGCGUUCUUUGCCGAUCCUGCCGAAACUCCCAAAAGUGUAUUUGCUCCCAAGGCCCCCGUUGCCAGAGAAGUCCCAGAAGGUCAAGUUUCUCAGCUCAACAGGGGCACCUACGAGGGUAUUAACAGCCACCAAACAGCUAAGCUGACCAGUUUGUACGGAUGUCCCACCCGGGGCAACACGUACGCCGUGGCACGGGGUGCGAUCCCCCCUCCUGUGUAG